AUGGGUAUCAUCGACAGCAUUCGGUCAAAGAUGCCCGGCGCACACACCAACGGACACGCCAAGAAGGUGCUGGUGGUCUUUGGCGCCACGGGCAAGCAGGGCGGCUCCGUGAUCAAGUCCGUUCUGGGCGAUCCCACGGCCGCGUCCAUGUUUUCCAUCCGCGCCAUCACCAGAGACCCUUCCAAGCCCGCCGCGCAGGAGCUGGUCAAGAUGGGCUGCGAGUGCGUGUCGGCGGACCUCGACGACAAAGAGUCCCUCCUCCACGCCCUCCAGGGCGCAUACGCCGUCUACGCCGUGACCAACUUCUGGGAGAAGAAGAGCGCGGCGGCGGAGAUCCAGCAGGGCAAGAACAUCGCCGACGCGGCCAAGGCGUGCGGCGUCCAGCACCUGAUCUGGAGCAGCCUGAUGAAUGUCACCGAGCUCUCCGGGGGCAAACUGUCCAAAGUCGCGCACUUCGACUCCAAGGCCGCGGUGGAGCAGUACAUCCGCGAGCAGGGCCUCCCGGCGACCUUCUUCAUGCCGGGCUUCUACAUGUCCAACAUCCCGGGCCAGAGCCUGAACAACGCGCAGGGCGGCGUGUGGAACCUGGCGCUGCCGAUCCCCCCGGAUGCGCCCAUGCCGCUGUUCGACGCCGACGCCGACACAGGCAAGUUCGUCAAGGGCAUCCUGCUCCACCGCGACCGCGUCCUGGGCGCCCGCGUCUACGGCGCCACGGGCUACUACACCCCGCAACAGAUCCUCGCCGACUUCCAGGCCGUCAAGGCCCGCGACGGGCCCGGCGGCGCGGCGCGCCAAGUCCCCGAGGAGGCGUUCAAGAAGGUCCUCGCGGCCAAGGGCCUGCCGGCGCCCAUCCAGGACGAGAUGCUCGAGAAUAUGCUCCUGAUGCCGCAGUUCGGGUACUACGGCGGUGCCGACCUCGGGGAGAGCCAGGCGUGCAUCUACAUUUUACUGUGUAUGGAGUCCAUCCGCGAAUUUUACUCCGUGUCUAUCGGUCUAAGCACGGAAACCAAGGCUGCGUCAAAGCGAUCGAUCGAAGAGUGCUCAUGGCUGAAAUUUCCGUGGCAGACCAUUCCGGAAGACCUCUCAAGAAGAGGGUACAAGGACCAAGUUUGCGUCGACUUCUCGCCUGUGGUGGUAGCGGCCAUGUCUAAACGGCAUCUGGAUGUCGGGGGCAUCACCUGGAAGCGCGCCGACGUCCGCCAGAUGGAUCAGAUCCCGUCCGAGGAGUCGGUGGAUGUUGCGUUUGAUAAGGGGACAUUAGACCCGAUGAUUCACGGUAGCCCCUGGGACCCGCCCACAGAGGUUCUUGAUAAUACCUGUCGAUACAUCCGAGAGGUCCAUUUCGAGCGUCUCUGUGUCUUUCGCGUGCUCAAACCUCAUGCGACCUUUAUUUAUGUAACAUACCGGCAACCUCACUUUAUCAAACCUCUCCUCAACUGUGAAGGAGUUCAAUGGGACAUCAAGGUGGACGUAUUGGGUGGUUCGGAGAGGUCUCUGGAUUAUCACGGCUUUGUCCCGAAGAAGGCCACGACCUCAGAGGCAGGCUCUGCCGAGGCCAAGACGUAG